ACUCGGACACUGAGAUUUUUGUGGUGUUGGUGAGAAGAAGAAAAAGGAAGAAGGAUCACUAUGUCUACCCAAGGGGUGCGGUUGCACAUUCAAGAUCGCUAUGUGGUGAUGGAUAAUGGUAUAGUUCAAGUGACGUUAUCGAAUCCAGGUGGAAUUGUUACUGGGAUAGCAUAUAAUGGUGUUGAUAAUUUGCUUGAAGUUCUCAACAAGGAGACUAAUAGAGGGUACUGGGAUCUUGUUUGGGGUGCACCAGGAAUCAAAGGAACCUUUGAUGUGUAUGGCAACAGUACCUUCUUUUCAAUUCUCAAUAAAGCUAUAUUCAAAUGCGACUACUUACUAGAUUUCAUAAUUAAAUCGGGAGUGGCUUUUAUGUCGCACCUGAGUAGAAAUAUCUCCAGGAUUCAAGGAACGUUUUUCAGAGUUAUAGUUCAAAAUGAUGAACAAGUUGAGGUUUCAUUUACAAGAAUGUGGGAUCCUUCUCUUGAGGGAAAGUUUGUCCCCUUAAACAUUGACAAAAGAUUCAUACUGCUCCGAGGUUCAUCAGGCUUCUACUCUUAUGGAAUUUAUGAGCACUUAAGUGGAUGGCCAGACUUCGAUCUUAGUGAAACAAGGAUCACUUUCAAGCUUAGAAAACACAUGUUUCAAUACAUGGCUAUGGCAGACAACAGGCGAAGGCUUAUGCCUCUUCCGGAUGAUCGAUUACCAGGGAGAUGCCAAACCUUGGCAUACCCAGAAGCUGUCAAAUUAGUCAAUCCCAAGGAUCCUCAACUGAAAGAUGAGGUGGAUGACAAGUAUCAAUAUUCCUGCGACAACAUAGAUAAUAAAGUCCAUGGGUGGAUAUCUUUCAAUCCACCAGUGGGAUUUUGGCAGAUCACACCAAGUGAUGAGUUUCGUUCUGGUGGACCGCACAAGCAGAAUUUGACCUCACAUGUAGGCCCCACCACACUUGCAAUGUUUCUUAGUGGUCACUAUGCGGGGCAAGAUUUGAACCCCAAAUUCAAAGAUGGUGAACCAUGGAAGAAGGUUUUUGGUCCAGUAUUCAUAUAUCUUAAUUCUGGACCAGUUGGUGAUGACCCACAUUGGCUCUGGGAGGACGCCAAAAUACAGAUGAUGAAUGAAGUUCAAAGCUGGCCAUAUUCUUUCCCAGCUUCAGAGGAUUUUCCAAAGUCGGAUCAAAGGGGCAACGUUGGUGGCAGACUGCUCGUCUUAGACAGAUAUGUCAGCACAGACUUAAUAUCUGCAAAUGGUGCUUAUGUUGGUCUAGCCCCGCCAGGAGAUGCCGGGUCAUGGCAAAGAGAAUGCAAGCACUAUCAAUUCUGGACCAGAGCAGAUGAGAAUGGAUUUUUUACAAUCAGGAACAUACGUGCUGGCGACUAUAACCUUUAUGCCUGGGUUCCUGGUUUUGUUGGGGACUACAAAUUGGAUGAUUUGAUGAAGAUAACCCCAGGUUCUAAUAUUGAAGUGGGUGAACUGGUAUAUGAGCCUCCAAGGGUUGGUCCAACAUUGUGGGAAAUAGGUAUUCCUGAUCGAACUGCUGCAGAAUUUUAUGUUCCUGAUCCCAAGCCAGAACAUAUUAAUAAGCUUUUUAUCAACCAUCCUGAAAGGUUCAGACAGUACGGAUUAUGGGAAAGGUAUAUAGAAUUGUAUCCGGAAUCAGAUUUGGUUUACACAGUUGGUGUCAGUGACUAUAGGAGAGAUUGGUUUUAUGCCCAUAUUCCCAGAAAGAAAGAGGAUAAUACCCAUCAAGGAACAACUUGGCAAAUCAAGUUUGAACUCAAUGAUGUGGUUCAAGGAAGUACUUAUACACUGAGAGUUGCAAUUGCAUCUGCAACAUUAGCUGAAUUGCAGAUUCGAGUAAAUGAUCCGAAUGCAAGGCGUCCUCUGUUUACGACUGGGCUAAUAGGGAGGGAUAACUCGAUUGCAAGACAUGGAAUUCAUGGACUCUAUUGGCUGUACAGUGUGAAUGUACCUGGUUCUCUUCUUAUAAAUGGCCCCAACACUUUAUAUUUUACUCAACCACGUUGCAACAAUUGUUUCCAGGGUAUCAUGUAUGAUUAUAUUCGUAUGGAAGGACCUCCUUGAUUCCAAAUUAAACAUCUUUAAGCUAAGUGUUGGAAACUGAUUAAAUGGAACAACAUAGUAAUGCAUGUAUGUAUUGUAUUUUCAACAUAUUGGUAUGUAUAUUUUUGUUAUUUUUUUCUUUUAUUCUGUAAGUAGAUUUAAGAUGUAGAAACGUUCUAGAAUGACUUUAUACGUGAUAAAUUAAUAUUUAUGUUUAUUUGAUUA